AUGCAAGCUGAACGAAGAAGAGGUAGAGACAACCGGAAAUGGGUGCGGAGGAGACCCGGAAAAGAGUGUGAACGUUGCAUCCCGCUACGUCACUCUUCUUUGGCUUCCUCUCAUCAGCAUCACGAGGAGGCCGUCCCGCCUCACUCGCGACGUCAAACCCCUGGCGCUGGCUGGCUGGCUGUCUCCCACCUCCGAACACGGCCCACAUUUGGCCGCCGGGACACGCGUUGUUGGAUAUCUCGAACAAUUUAAACCUAUUAGCCACGCUAUGUCUGAGGUCCGGAAAUUUACCAAGAGGUUGAGCAAACCCGGGACGGCGGCGGAAGUCCGGCAGAGUGUGUCUGAAGCAGUGAGAAGCUCCGUGGACUCGGUGGAACAGCCCAAAUUCAUCGAGCCCUUGGACUACGAGGCCGUGGUGUUCCAGAGAAAAGCUCAGAUCCACAGUGACCCCCAGAGAGACCUGCUGCUCUGCCCCGUCGAUGAUGUUUCGGAGUCCCAAAUAUCCCGACAGAGGCGAACCGUGGUUCCUUCUGUGCCUCAGAAUGCAGAGCGGGACGCCAGGAGUUUGUUUGCCAAAAAGUGCAUCAACAUGUACAAAACCGACUGGAACGUCAUCAACUACAAAUACGAGGCCUAUUCCGGUGAUUUUCGCAUGUUGCCGAGCAAAGGCCUGAAGGCAGACAAGCUAGCGGCUCACGUGUUCGAGGUUGACGAAGACGCCAAAGAUGAGGACACAUCUUCGCUGUGCUCCCAGAGGGGCGGCAUCAUGAAGCAAGGUUGGCUUCAGAAAGCCAACAUUAACAGCAGCCUGUCCGUCUCCAUGAGAGUGUUCAAGAGGAGGUAUUUCUACCUGUCUCAGCUCCCAGACGGUUCCUACAUCCUCAAUUCCUACAAAGAUGAAAAGCACUGCAAGGAAACCAAAGGCUCCAUUUACUUGGAUUCGUGCAUUGAUGUCAUUCAGAGCCCUAAAAUGCGGCGGAACGGUUUUGAGCUGAAGAUGCAGGACCGCUACAGCCACUUUCUUGCGGCUGACAGUGAAGCAGAGAUGGAGGAAUGGGUGGCCACGCUUAAACAGGCUCUACAGAACAGCACCGAGGCCUGCCAGGAUAGGAGGAACGGAGGGGAGUCCCUGGACGGCUCCCUGGAUGAUGACACAACCAGCCAAGGUAAAAGUGAGAACCAUACUGAAGGCCUGGGGAGGAACUUACAACCUGAACUCACAAAGUAUGCGAGGGAGACCGACCAGCUUAAUAAGAUCAACCGGAACGAAGGCAGGCAAAAGCUCUUCUCUUUGGACCCUGAGACACAGCGACUGGACUUCUCUGGCAUCGAGCCAGACGUCAAGCCGUUCGAGGAACGUUUCGGCCGCCGUAUCGUAGUCGACUGCCACGAUCUGACCUUCAGUCUUCAGGGCUGCGUCAACGAAAAGGGCGACGGUGUCCUUUCAAAUGUGGAACCUUUCUUCAUAAGUCUGGCACUUUUUGACAUUUCAAAGAACUGUAAGAUCUCCGCCGACUUCCACGUGGACCUGAACCCGCCCUGCGUGAGGGAGAUGCUAACCGACGCCGCGGGCCAGCUCUCGCCUGGCUCAGACUCCGAGGGAAGCGUUAGAGGAGGAGCUUUACCCUCGGUGAACGGGGAUCUACCUGUUCUUCAGAGAGUGUCCGAAACUCUGCUGCAUUAUCCUACACAGGCCAUUUUUUCAGUAACUGACCCCCACGCUGAUAUCUUUCUGGUGGCCCGUGUGGAGAAGGUGUUGCAAAAUGGCAUCACUAAUUGCGCAGAACCAUAUAUCAAGACUUCUGAUAUAAACAAGAGUGCUCAGAAGGUCCUCAAGGCAGCCAAACAGACGUGCCAACGCCUGGGCCAGUACAGGAUGCCCUUCGCGUGGGCUGCUAAGCAGGUGUUUAAGGAUGCUCAGGGCAGUCUUGACAUGGACGGCAAGUUUUCCCCGCUCUACCGCCAGGACAGCGGAAAAAUCUCCACUGAUGACAUCAUCAAGCUGCUGGCCGACACCAGGAAACCUGAGAAGAGCAAACUCCAGAUCAUUCCUGGACAGCUGAACGUCACCAUUGAGUGUGUCCCACCUGACUUUUCAAACACGGUCACCUCGUCUUAUGUUCCUGUGAAGCCGUUCGAAGAAACCUGCGAGCGUGUCUCGGUAGAAGUUGAGGAGUUCCUCCCUGAAGAGGCUAAGUACAAUUACCCCUUCACCACAUACAAGCACCAACUCUACGUCUACCCCCUGCAACUCAAAUACGACAACCAGAAAAGCUUCACGAAGGCUAGAAACAUCGCAGUCUGCAUUCAAUUCCGGGAAUCUGAUGAAGAAGGUGCCACCUCUCUAAAGUGCAUCUACGGAAAACCAGGAGAUUCACUCUUCACCAGCAAGGUUUAUGCAGCAGUUCUACACCACAACCAAAGCCCAGAGUUCUAUGAUGAGGUCAAGCUGGAGUUGCCUGUCCACUUGCACGAAAAGCACCACAUCCUUUUCACCUUUUACCAUAUUAGCUGUGAAUCUAGCAGCAAAACCAGCAGCAAGAAGAGAGAAGCUGUGGAGUCGCUGGUUGGUUAUUCCUGGUUACCUCUCCUAAAAGACGGCAGGAUGCAGUCAAUGGAGCUCCAACUACCCGUAGCUACGACUUUGCCUCCUGGAUAUCUGGGUCAGGACGCCAAAAAGCCUGAUAUUAAGUGGGUGGAAAAUGCAAAGGCGCUCUUCAAAAUGAGAAGCCGUGUAGCGUCAACGAUAUAUGCUCAGGAUCUCCAUCUCCAUAAGUUCUUCUUGCACUGCCAACUCAUGAGAAACGCCUCUGAGGAUAAACAGGCAGAGCUUAUCAAAUACCUAAAGUGCCUACAUGCCAUGGAAAUGCAUGUCAUGGUCCACUUCCUGCCCACUGUGCUUACGCAUCUGUUCGAGGUGCUGUCAGCAGCCGCGAAGGACAACCAGGAGAUUGCAGUCAACUCUCUACGGGUUAUCAUACAUAUUGUAUCCAGGUGUCACGAGGAAGGACUAGAAAACUACUUGCGCUCUUUUGUGAAGUACGUGUUUGUCGCCAAAACCCCUGCAUCCGGAAACGCGCCGUGCACCCACGAGGUGUUGGCCUCAGCGGUCACAGCCAUUCUUAAGCAGACGGCAGAUUUUAACACCAGCAACAAACUGCUCAAGUACUCAUGGUUCUUCUUUGAAACAAUGGCCAAAUCAAUGGCCCAAUACAUGCAAGAGGACAACCGCAUUAAGAUGCCACGGGCUCAGCGUUUUCCGGAUACUUUCCAUCAGGCGCUGCAGUCCCUGGUGCUGUCCAUCAUGCCUCACAUUACCAUUCGCCACACGGAGAUUCCAGAGGAAGCCCGUUGCGUCAACCUGAGUUUGGCCCAUUUGAUCAAGAGGUGUCUCACCUUCAUGAACCGAGGAUUUGCCUUCGGUCUGGUCAACCACUACAUGUGCCACUUCAGUUUCAAAGAUCCCAAGGUGCUGACUGAAAUGAAGUUUCAUUUUCUGAUGGCGGUAUGCAACCACGAGCAUUUCAUCCCCCUCAAUUUGCCCAUGGCGUUCGGACGUACCAAGCUGCAAAGGGUUCAAGAUUUUAUUCCGUACGCGACGGAGCUUUUUGGCCCUGUAGAGCAAAGCCUGGAAUUUAGCUUGACUGAAGAGUAUUGCCGCAAUCACUUCCUGGUGGGAUUGCUCCUCCGAGACGUGGCGGCGGCCCUGCAGCAGGGACCCGAGGUACGGCAAACGGCCGUGAGAACGCUCAAGAAUCUGCUGAUCAAGCAUGCCAUGGAUGAUCGAUACACAGCCUUCAAGAACCAGCAGGCCAGGAUCUGUUUGCUUUACCUGCCAUUGCUUGAGUUGCUCUUUCAGAACUUGAAGCAACUGUCAGCUCAGCCAUACAUUUCCAAUCUCAAUGGAUCUAGAGAUGACCUUGUUUCAAGUGGCUCUACAGACAGCAGAAGAGUCAGCACUGCAUUAGAAAAAGACCACGGAAUGCCUUUCCUGAAUGGUCAUGUGGUGAGGAGGGAAGACUCCAGAGGAUCUCUGUUUAUGGAUUCUGGGACACCAGAUAGCAUUGACCUGCAAAGACGUGGCUCCACCAUGAGCAGCAGUCCCGGGCCCAACGCCAGCAGAUUGGGGCCUUAUGAAAUCAAGGGCCUUCUGUUUACCUUCUUACACGUGGCCAAGACCUUGUCGGAGGACACACUCACUGCCUACUGGAGCAAAAUCAGCCCCCAAGACAUCAUGAACUUCCUCAGUUUGCUCGAGAUCUGUCUGGUUCAGUUUCGUUACAUUGGGAAGAGGAACAUAGCCAGGACUCAGGAUGCGUGCAAGUUAUUCUCGCCUGACCGGAAGUCGCAGACGAUGCCGGCCAUGCGCUGCAACCGAGCCAGCGCCAUCCAGACUAAGGUCAACCAGUUCGGCACCAUGGAGGCGUCGCUCACUUUCAACAUAGGGAUGGGGGCGCCUGAGGCAGAAAUCCAUCAUCAGGCUCUGCUCGAGGGCAACAUCUCCACUGAGGUCUGCUUAAGCGUCCUGGAUAUCCUCUCACUUUUUAUUCAGUUCUUUAAGACCCAGUUGACAGACAGCGACGGACACAACCCUUUGAUGAGGAAGGUAUUUGACGUCUACCUCACGUUCCUCAAAGUGAGCCAAUCCGAAGCCGCCUACAGGCACGUGUUUGCCGCGCUGCGAGCGUUCAUGAACAAGUUCCCCUCAGUGCUGUUCAAAGGCCGCGUGACCCUUUGUGAGCUUCUGUGCUGCGAGGUGCUCAAGUGCUGCGUGUCCAAGAUGGCGUCGCUAAGAGCCGAAGCCUCGGCGCUGCUCUAUCUGCUCAUGAAGAACAACUACGAGUACACCAAGAGGAAGACCUUCCUGCGCACGCACCUGCAGAUCAUCAUCGCGGUGAGCCAGCUGAUUUCUGACGUGGCGCUUAGCGGAAGUUCACGCUUCCAGGUGUCGCUUUCCAUCAUCAACAACUUUGCGAACAGCGACAAAGCCAUGAAGUCCACAGCGUUCCCCUCAGAAGUAAAGGGUCUAACCAAGCGAAUCCGUACGGUGCUGAUGGCCACGGCUCAGAUGAGGGAGCAUGAAAAAGACCCGGAAAUGUUGCUGGACCUGCAGUACAGUCUGGCCCGGUCCUACGCCAGCACCCCUGAACUGAGACGGACCUGGCUGGACAGCAUGGCUCGCGCGCACCUCAAGAAUAACGAUCUUUCUGAGGCAGCCAUGUGUCACGUUCACGUGGCCGCGCUGGUUGCCGAGUACCUUCACAGGAAAAAGUUGUUCCCCAGCGGGCUCGCCGCCUUCAAAAAGGUCACGUUGAACAUCGAGGAGGAAGCCGCCAUGAAGGAAGACACGGGAAUGCAAGACGUCUAUUACACUGAGGAAGUCCUGGUGGAGCACUUAGAGGUUUGCGUGGAGGCUCUGUGGAAAGCCGAGCGCUACGAACUGAUUACACACAUCGCCAAACUGGCCAUCCCCUGCUAUGAGAAGCGCCAUGAGUAUGAGAAACUGAGCCGACUGUACAACACGCUGCACAGAGCUUACAAUAAAGUCAUGGAAGUGAUCCAAUCCGGUCGCAGGCUGCUCGGAACCUACUUCAGGGUCGCCUUUUACGGACAGGGCUUCUUUGAGGAGGAGGACGGGAAGGAGUACAUCUACAAAGAGCCCAAACUCACCGGACUUUCCGAAAUCUCCCAGCGCCUGCUGACGCUCUACGGGGAAAAGUUUGGAUCUGAAAAUGUCAAGAUCAUUCAAGAUUCCAACAAGGUGAACCCCAAAGAUCUGGACUCUAGGUUCGCCUACGUGCAGGUGACCUUCGUCAAGCCAUACUUUGAGGAGAAGGAGGCGCCGGAGAAGAAGACUGAUUUCGAGAAGUGCCAUAACAUCAACCGCUUCGUGUUUGAGACGCCGUACACGCUGUCGGGCAAAAAGCACGGCGGCGUGGAGGAGCAGUGCAAGAGGAAGACCGUGCUUACAACGGCCAAUACCUUCCCCUAUGUAAAGAAGCGCGUCGAGGUGGUCGGGGAGAAGCAGGUGGACCUGCGGCCGGUGGACGUGGCCAUCGACGAGAUGAGGUCUCGCACCGCCGAGCUGCACAAGCUGUGCUCCGGAGCGGAAGUCGACAUGAUUCAACUGCAGCUGAAACUGCAGGGCUGCGUCUCCGUGCAGGUGAACGCCGGCCCUCUGGCCUACGCCCGAGCAUUCCUGGAUGACAGCAAGUCCAACUCAUCUGGCGGCAAGAAAGUGAAAGAGCUCAAAGAUAUUUUCAGACGUUUCGUGGAGGCGUGCAGCUUAGCUUUGGAUAUCAAUGAGCGUCUGAUAAAAGAAGACCAGUUUGAGUACCAUGAGGGCCUGAAGGCUAAUUUCAAAGACAUGGUUAAGGAACUCUCUGACAUCAUCCAUGAGCAGCUCUACCAGGCGGGCAUGAUGCGCUCACUUCUGCAAAACUCCCUCAACGUCUUCCGCGCCAUCAGCGGGACCUCGGCCGACCUCUGCUGACGCUCGUAAUCAAACAGGAAUCAGGAAACUGUUUCAGGUGCAAUGAAGAAUGUAAUCGAGCAAGUCAAAACACGCUCAGAUGUACUGUUUUUGUUUUUGAUUGAUUUGCCUCGCAAACGCAUGUUCAGCUCUAUGCGGGACACCAUUUUGUUUUACCCUGACAGAUGUGCACCGCCGUUAAACACGGACAGGACGUUUGCGUCUUCGGGCUUGUAAUGUAAACAAGCGGGUCGUGUUGAAAGAGUAUCGAGUUGCUUCCAAUGUCAACAAGGAUUCAUGCAAAUUCCUCUUUAGCAGCGGAGUGGCUUGCAGUUCACACUAUUCUUAGAAAGUAUUUCACAAGUGCUACACUGAAUAUUCACCAAGCAAUUGUACAUAAUUUGAUCAACAAUGUGUAUUUUAUUCUGCGUUCAUGCUUGUAUGUACUGGAAAUAUUUAUAUUUAUCACAUGUUGGACUUAUGGGAGCAAAUUUGUGUUUGUUGACUUUUUUUUUUUAAGUAUUGCUUUACUGUUUACAGAGUCAAAUGUAAUUCCUUGUACAGCUUCCAUCCCUAUAAAAGAGACAAACAAAAGCAUUGCUUUCUUUUUUGGAUGAGUUGAAACGUGAGUCACGCAAAUAAGAGAGACUGCGAGAACCAAAAGUGGUAUUUGCUAUGUGGCAAAAUUGAUUUGGCCAUGUGGCAAAAUGGAUUUUGCCAUGUGGCAUUUUUUUACAAAGUUUUUUGGGCAAAAAAAUGCCACAUGGCCAGAAAAAAUGCCACAAACAAAAAUCCAUUUUGGCCACAUGCCCCCCCCCCC